AUGCCGCGUCCAGGUCGCUCUCAGCGUCCUCAAGCGUCUCGGUCUCAAGCCCCUCGAGCCACUCAGGCCCGUCGCGCAACCACGGAAGAAGACGACGAAGAGAACAUUGACAUUGACGCGGCGAUGGCGGAGGAUGGGGAAGACAGGGGUGAUGCUGAGACCGAGCGUAAGGCUCGCGACCUGGUCCGGCUCGCGCUCUUCCACGAGCAGCGCCGGAUACCGCUGAAGAGGGAUGAGAUCUCGAAAAAGGUCAUAGGGUCGCAUUCUCGCGCAUUCCCUGCGGUGCUGCAAGCAGCGAAUAGGAUCUUGAAGCUCACUUUCGGCUUCGAGCUCGUCGAGCUGCAUCAUAUCAAUGCAGAUAAAGAGAUGAGCGAGAAAGACGCCGACCUCCUCAAGAAUACAGGCGUGAAAAAGAAAUCCGCAGCGUCUGGCACAAAAAGCUUUAUCCUCCGCUCAUGUCUAGAUCCUGCCCUCGUCGAGCUCGCCUGCGCCCCAGACUCAGACAUCCGCGAGAUCGAGCAGCAGGAGAGCGCGGACGAGAACAACGAGCUGGCGGAGGACAACCCGGUCGGCAAGCAGUCCACGGGCAGCAUCCUCGCCUGGCAUCACGCCGACCAGCUCGCCGCCGACGGCGUGCUUUUCACCAUCCUCGCGUUAAUUCUGGUCGAGGGCCGCGCCGUGUCCGAUUCGGACCUCCGCGGGAUGCUGAAACGCCUGCAGCUCCCCUCCGCCGCGCACGUCCCGCUGAGCAGCCAGGCGACGUCGCCCGUGAUGCCAGUCGACGCCUUCCUCGCGCAGCUCCUCCGCCAAGGCUACCUCGAGAAGCUGCAUGUCGGGCCCGGGGCCGGGAAGCGCGGUGCGAAGCGCGCACGGGGCGGCGGGGCAGGUGGGUCCGGCGGCGGCGCGGGCGACGACCAGCUGCCGGCGUACGAGUGGCGGUGGGGCCCGCGCGCCCUGUCCGAGUUCGGGGAGCGGAAGAUGGCCGAGUUCGUGGCCGAGUUCAUGGCCGCGCGGCCGGGGGAGGAGGACGAGGAGGAAGAGGAGGUCGACGACGGGAAGAAAAAGCGGGUCGAGGUCUUCUUCAACGGGAUCGAGCGCGCCGCGGCGGGCGGGCAGCUGCUCGAUGGGCUCGAGCCGUAG